AUGAAAACAAUGAAAACAAAAAUCUAAAAGGAAACGCCAUAAACCUAAGAGAUAGAUAGAUAAAUAAUGUUUAUUUUUGUUUGAGCAAAUUGAAAUUUCAUCUUCUAUAUUUUAAAGAUCUCUAUAAAUUCUUAUCCUGAGAAAAUUGUAAUAAAGAAUGGAAGAAGAAGACAAGCUGCCUUUAAAAAGAGUAGAAUUUUCAUUAACGAAGUUCAAUGAAGUUGCAAUUCCACAUCAUCUGGAUUUACUACGGCAGCACAAGGCUAAUAUUAUCAAAUAUGAAGAGGGCGGCGAGUACGCGCGAGUCCGCAGCGAGCAGACGCACGCGCGGCGGGUGGCGUCGCAGCUGCGCGCGCUGCUCGGCGAGCUGGAGGCGCUGCGGCGACGCGUGCGGGUCGACGACCUGCCGCGCUUCGACGCGCUCACCCGGAGCUCUCGGGACAACACGCUCAAAGCGAUCAUGGACUACCUGGGUAUUAUUGAAAGCAGUUGUAGGGCGCUAGUGUCGCGCAGGGCGAGCUCUCGACCGAUCGAUACGUCUCCGUUAUCGGCGAACCGGCGCCCGGCGGUGGAGGUGGCGGCGGGCAGCGCCGUGUCCUCGGAGUCGGUGGGCGUGCUGUCCCACCACGACGAGGUGCGCGAGUUGGAGCUCUCCUCCAUACAGUUGCAGGUCAACGACCAGGAGAGCUCGUUGCGGGAGCGCGAGGCGGCGCUGCGCGGCUGGUGCGAGCUGCAGGGCGAGGUGCGCGCGCUGCACGAGGCCUGGCAGCACGUGCAGGCCGCCGCGCUGCACCACCGACACCAGGUGUCGGCGGCGGCGGCGCACGUGGAGGCGGCGACGGGCGAAGUGCGGGCCGCGCGUCAACACCUCUCCGCGGCCGAGAGAAUAAAGGCAGGCGCGUUGGGCGCCAGCGGAGCGAUAGCGGGAGCCCUGGUGGGAGGACCGGUGGGGGUCGUGGUGGGGAUCAAGGCGGGAGCCCUCGCUGCGCUGGCUGGUUCUGCGCUCGGAUACCUAGGGGGGCGGGUGCUCGCCGCUCGACAAAAACAGCCACAGAAACAAGAAUGAUUAGAGACGUAGACGCGGGUCGUUACCGCACGAACUCGACCGGUGCUAAAAGCACUGUGAGGGUUUCGAGUGCUCAUCGUCUAUAGCCACUCAUAUACACACAAGUAUACAAAAACACAUAUAAUUAAAGGCAUAAAAUACAAUAAUAUGUUAUGAUUCAGUUCGACAAACCAUUUAUUUAAAUAGCCACCAUUUUUACUAACCGAAUAGUAGUAGUGGUGUGCGGCCCCUUCGGCCAAGAGUAGCGCUGGCUCAGAAACCUUCCCCGGGUGCUAGCGACAACUAUACAGGACUUCAUCACGAUCGGAGGAAUGGCCUGCAGAGGAGUGCGUCGGCCAAAAACAAACAUACAAACAUUGAUAAUGUUCCACAAUGGGUAUAUCAAGCUGAAAGGUCGCAAUAGUAUCAACAAUGUAAACCACGUUAAAAAUGUAUAAAAAUUCAAAGUCGAAUUAGUUCAAAUUAGUUUCACAAAAGAAGUACUUUAUUAUAUUAUUUCAACUGCUCGUUGACAGCUCUGAAUUACAACAAAACUACCGCUAGGCCGUUUAUUCCGUUUAAUAUUUCAGAUAGAUAUAGACAAUUACAAAUUAGUUCAACUUAUUUCAAACAAUGAAAACGACACAAAUUUUAAUUAUAUUAAUAUACCUGUUAACAGGUACAUUGGCUCAAAAACUCAAAACCAAUUUUACAACUUAUUACGGCUUAUUACGCAACUUAUUACGGCGAAUGUUACUAAAUUUAACCUUUAUUGUAAAGACAAAAGAAGCUGUUUAAUGUGCCCACACAGUCGGAGCGGCGCCCGCAGUGUUUAAAUAUGUUUGGAUCUCAAUCAACUGACAUGUGAACUUUUAGAGAUUCGAAACACAGUUAGCCCGGACCUACCAUCGCGUUUGUUCCCUUUUCGUCCGACUUGAACCCAAUCCAAAAUUGGUAUUUUUUUUCUUUUGUGCGCUAAAUUUGUUUUACGGACAUAAUUUUUUGAGAUUCAAGUUAUCACUUACGUAACCUCGACCUAGAAGAUAAAUAUUUUUGUUCCUCUGCCAAAGAGGACUUAAUGUAAGCUAUAUCACAAUAUAUCAAUUCGUACGACCAGUAUUAAUACGUUUACUUCCUGCUGGUGCAGACUGGUUCUAGAGCAUCCUGUGAGUCCGCACGGGUAGGUAACGUACGAGGUGUCCGAGCCUGGGGGGCGCGCAGGGUAUGUGGAGCAGACCGCGGGCGCAAGGUUUUAGGGCCCUACCCACCAAACGACGCCCCUUGUACUCUUUCACAAAGAUAUCACUCGACGUCCGAUGUCCACUCGGAGUCAGAAGCCUUGCGCUCUAAUCGCUCUAUCGCCGGGAAGUGGUUCCCCCGUGGCGGAGGUUGCAUCGCCACACAUCAUCGGUGGUGAACGCUUCUUCCGCCAGGUCCCAGGGAGGCAUCGGAGCACCAACCUGCCCAUAUAUUCCAUGUAAUAGUAAUGCGUUUCGGAUUGAACGGUGGGGCAGCCGUUGUACUGUAAAACUGAGAAAGAUGAAUCACCGCAUUUACCUAAAUAGUUGAUAUCUAUGGGUGAGGUAACACCAGGCGGGCUGCGGGUUCGUAUAUCCGUCGUAAGUAAUAACAAUAAAAAUUGCAUCUUUUAUUAAGUGGCCAGCCUAUUUUUUUAAUACGAAUCAUAUCACGGUAUCUUACGUAAAAUGUAGUCCGUGUUGCAGAAUAGUUCGUUCGUCAUGUUCACGUGCUCUUCACUCCAUAGCUUUUUACUUGGGAACAUAUUUUGUC